GUCUCCACGGUGGCCUCUGCUCCAGCUGCCCACAGUCUUCCUUGCUUUGCCCACGUUGCUGGCCUCAGGCUCAGACACCUGCUCUACUCCAAGCAAAUGGCUGCUCUUCCAAUGCUGUGGACCGGGCUGGUCCUCCUGGGUCUCUUGGGAUUUCCACAGACCCCAGCCCAGGGCCAUGACACAGUGCAGCCCAACUUUCAACAAGACAAGUUCCUGGGGCGCUGGUACAGCGCGGGCCGCUCCAAUUCAAGCUGGUUCCGGGAGAAGAAGGAACUACUGUUUAUGUGCCAGACAGUGGUAGCUCUCUCCACAGAAGGCGGCCUCAACCUCACCUCUACCUUCCUCAGGAAAAACCAGUGUGAGACCAAGGUGAUGGUACUGCAGCCGACAGAGGUUCCCGGACAGUACACCUACAACAGCCCCCACUGGGGCAGCUUCCAUUCCCUCUCAGUGGUGGAAACCGACUACGACGAGUACGCGUUCCUGUUCAGCAAGGGCACCAAGGGCCCAGGCCAGGACUUCCGCAUGGCCACCCUCUACAGCAGAGCCCAGCUUCUGAAGCAGGAACUGAAGGAGAAAUUCACCACCUUUAGCAAGGACCAGGGCCUCACAGAGGAGGACAUUGUUUUCCUGCCCCAACCGGAUAAGUGCAUUCAAGAGUAAACACAGGUGAGAGAAGUCGGUCACAGGACUGGUAACACAUGGU